AUAAAAUCUAGAUUUUAUUUUUUCAUUUUAAUUAAUGUGCCGAUGAAAUCUUUGGAAGAGUGUUGCGAUCUGUGUCAAUCGUUACAACCUUCCAUCCUCAUCCUAAUUCUCGCAAAAUCCUCCUUUACUCGAAAAUGUUUCGAAAAACUGGCCUCGUUAGUCACCGGUAGUUGUUCGACCUGUCUUCCUUGAACGAAACGAUCGGCGGAAAGAGGCGAAUAUGAGACAUAUACAAGAUACACUAGAAUAAGAGGAGACCCGGGAUGAGUUUUGCCGACUAACAGUGUGCCCCCCCUGUCUAUCGUCUUCAAGGCGAUGGUGUCGAAUGUCCAGGUUCUCCAGCAGGCAGGCUCCGUGGAGAGGCUCAGCCGAUUUCUAUGGUCUCUGCCGGCGUGCACCAGGCUGCACCGGCACGAGAGCGUGCUCAAGGCCAAGGCGAUCGUCGCCUUCCAUCGCGGCCAAUUCAAGGAGCUCUACAGGAUCCUGGAGAGCCACACCUUCAGCCCGAACAAUCAUCCGAAACUGCAGGCCCUCUGGCUCAAGGCUCACUACAUCGAGGCCGAGAGGCUGCGCGGGAGGCCUCUCGGUGCAGUUGGCAAGUACCGAGUGCGACGUAAGUUUCCGCUACCGCGGACGAUCUGGGACGGCGAGGAGACGUCUUACUGCUUCAAGGAGAAGUCCAGGAGCGUCCUGAGGGAUUGGUACGCCACCAAUCCGUAUCCGUCGCCGCGCGAGAAGCGAGAAUUGGCGGAGAGCACCGGCCUCACGACCACGCAGGUCAGCAAUUGGUUCAAAAAUCGGAGGCAGAGAGACCGCGCCGCCGAGCAUAGUGGCCAAAGAGAGGAUAAAACGCACGGCGGGGGUCUCGGAGAUUCCAGCAGCGAGAGCGGUGACGAAACGAAGCGGCAGUCGAGCCAGCAGCAACAGCAGCAGCAACCGUCUUCCUGCGCGGUUACGCAACAGCAGCAGCAGCAGCAGCAGCAGCAGCAGCAACAAAUGGUGGACCAUCAGCAAACCUCCGGCAUGUAUCAGCUUCCGCCACCAGCUUCCGUCUCGGUUUCCAGCCCGCACUCGUAUCACCAAGGCCACGGCUCGUCCUUGAGCCAUCCGCACAUGCAGCACCACGACACGAGCAGCGAGAGCGGCGACGACAAGAGGAAUCUCCAUCAUCAGCUACAGCAUCAUCUUCAGGUUGGCACUCACGGAAAUGUGAUAGUGACCGGAACACUUCGUAUACAAAUUUUUUUGAAAAUAUAAUAACUCCAGGCUUUUUCUUAAAAUUUACGAGUGCAAAGCAAACGUAUCGGAAAAAUAUAGAUGUCAUCGUUUGCAUUGGCAUAGGAUUAUCUAAUCGGCACGCCAACCUCCGCGGAUCUGCAGAAGUCCCUGCCGCACACGGCGACGUCGAUGCAGAUGGGCGCGAUCGCUCCUUCCAUGGGCGGGCUGAGCCCUAUGGGCCCCUCGACGAUGCUGUCCAACACCAUGCAGGGGGUCAACACCAUGAACACCAUGUCGAUGAACGGCAUGGGCAUGGGCGCUUAUCAGGGUAUGGGCUCCAUGGGGAUGUCCACGUCGCACGCGAGUUACCACAGCGGCCUCGUGCUGGGCGAGUACCAUUCCUUGUGACCUUGGGCCCCAAGCACUCAGAGCAAGAGGAGCCAAGAGAAGACUUAAUGCACAUCGGUGAGGCGCAAGAUUUGCGAUCGAUCAAAGUACUACUCGAGUGGCUUGCUGCCGAAAUUUGGAUCGCCAAUAAAUUAUUAUCGCUGAAAAGGAUGAGAAGGAAAAGUGAGGUUAAAGUUUACUUAACACAUUGUGAAAACAAUGCAAAAUUACUCAAAGGUAGUGGCGAUACUUAAUAAUUAAUUUAGAAUGAUAUAUAAAUGUAUUGAUAAGUUAAUUAUUAAAUAGCGCGUCGGAGAUGUCUUAUUUAUCACGACGAUAAUUUCUUGACGAUCCGAUAUAAUGUCCAAAUAAAUAAAGGAGGAAAGCCUUCCGCGGAUAAAUUGUUGCAUCCUUCUUGAGCUUUUCUCGGUGUGUGUUUUAGAGCGUAUGAAGAGCGUCAAAUAUGAAGUCACCUGUCAAAUCUUGUCGCGUCUGCUUCGGCAUUCAAAAGAAUUUUUUUAAUUCCGUAAAUGAACCCCGAUUUUUGCAGAAAUAGGGAAAUAGGGUAACUCCGGUAUAUGUGCCGCAUUUAUUGAAAACUUAAUUUAUCAAGAAUUCAUAUAUUAUUUACUCUGUUUAAGAUAAGUAAAAACUUUAUACUGUCUACUAUUGUCAAAAAAAA